UUGAAGCCAGCAAACGGUGUCCUUUUUGGACAUUGAUGACCUUAUCCAUUCCAACACAAACCUCCCAAACUCUAAUGGCGCUUCUACGUAUUCCCUCUCCUCAAUUAUCCACAAAACACCACCACGAUGGACCAAUAAUAACCUCUUUCUCCUCCAUAGACUUCAACAAGAACAAAAACUAUUCCAUCAACCCCAAAUCCAUUCACUCUCUACGUCUAUCUAUUACUCAUACACAAACCCUUAUUACAACCAAACAACACCCCAAUUUUACUCUCAGAUUUUCCCAACAACAACAACAACAAACUCAAAUAACCGAGGAAGAUAACACACAAGAAUUGUCUACUACUAGGUUGCUUGCUCAGAAUGUUCCAUGGACAAGUACUGCCGAAGAUAUUCGUACUUUGUUUGAAAAACAUGGGAAAGUCGUUGAUGUUGAGCUUUCUAUGUAUAAUAAGAGCAGAAGCAGGGGUUUAGCGUUUGUGGAAAUGGCUUCCCCAGAAGAGGCUCUUGCAGUUUUCAAUACUCUCCAAUCAUAUGAGUAUGAAGGCCGCGUAAUAAAUCUCAAAUAUGCUCGGCCUAGGAAGGAGAAAACACCGCCACCAGUGGAACAUAAGCCAAUAACAUUUAACUUGUUUGUUUCAAACUUGUCCUAUGAAACGAGGUCUAAAGAUCUCAAAGAGUUUUUUGACUCGGGAGCUAGUGGAGUUGUUUCUGCAGAGGUUAUAUUCCGUGAGAAUCCUAGAACACCAUCUGGUUAUGGAUUUGUGUCCUUCAAGACCAAGAAAGAAGCGAAUGAUGCUCUUUCCGAGUUUCAAGGAAAGAAGUUGAAGGGAAGGCCAAUCAGGGUUGCACCUAGUAAGCGAUUUAUUCAACUGGCAGAGGAGAGUGCAGUGUCCGAAGAUACAUCAUCUGAGUCGAGCGCGAGCGAGGCAGUAACCGAGAAAGCUGAUUGAUAUCAUUAUUAUUGAUGUUGUAUGCCCUCGCUUCAAACAUUUUGAUUGUUUUUCACAUUCUUACCAAUAGUAUAGUACAGUCUUUAAUUGGUUUAAAUUAUGUACUAUUACAGGUAGUUUUCACCUUUGUGAA